CAACGACCCGACCGACCCGUGACAGUUUUAGAGCCCGCGGUGCUCUCCGUGAUCGGGCAUUUGCCCAUCAGACAACAGCUCCUUGACGUCAGGGUUGUCGCAUAGGAGAUAAAGUCGGAGGAGGUGAACGAACCUUUUGAACGUGCCAGUAAGCAAGAUGGCGAGAAGGGCAAGAGCGAUUGGGAGCUAUCGAUAGCGCAGCGCUCGACGUGGCGCCAUGUGCGCGUGCGCAGUGAACGCGCGCUCGGAGCGAUCGAUUAGGCAGAAUUCGCGCCUCCAUUUUUCUGGGACAGAGCGGGAGGCCUAGGCAGCCGGACCAGCUGCUGGCAGGGAAAUUGUCAUCUUCUCCAAGAUGUACAGAACCAAAGUGGGCUUGAAGGACCGCCAGCAGCUCUACAAGCUGAUCAUUAGCCAGCUGCUCUAUGAUGGCUACAUCAGCAUUGCUAAUGGCCUCAUCAAUGAAAUCAAGCCUCAGUCUGUUUGUGCACCCUCCGAGCAGCUCCUGCAUCUCAUCAAACUAGGAAUGGAAAAUGACGACACUGCAGUUCAGUAUGCAAUCGGUCGUUCAGAUACAGUUGCCCCAGGCACAGGGAUUGACCUGGAAUUUGAUGCAGAUGUCCAGACUAUGUCCCCAGAGGCUUCCGAGUAUGAAACAUGCUAUGUCACAUCCCAUAAAGGACCAUGCCGUGUAGCUACCUAUAGUAGAGAUGGGCAGUUAAUAGCUACUGGGUCUGCUGAUGCUUCCAUAAAAAUACUUGACACAGAGAGGAUGUUGGCCAAAAGUGCCAUGCCAAUAGAGGUCAUGAUGAAUGAGACUGCACAACAGAAUAUGGAAAAUCACCCAGUGAUUCGAACUCUUUAUGACCACGUGGAUGAAGUUACAUGUCUUGCGUUCCAUCCAACAGAACAGAUCCUGGCUUCUGGCUCAAGGGAUUAUACUCUUAAAUUAUUUGAUUAUUCCAAACCAUCCGCAAAAAGAGCUUUCAAAUACAUUCAGGAAGCUGAGAUGUUGCGCUCCAUCUCUUUUCAUCCUUCGGGAGACUUCAUACUUGUUGGAACCCAGCAUCCUACUCUUCGUCUUUAUGAUAUCAACACCUUUCAGUGUUUUGUCUCCUGCAAUCCUCAAGAUCAACACACGGAUGCUAUAUGUUCCGUUAAUUAUAAUCCCAGUGCCAAUAUGUAUGUAACUGGUAGCAAGGAUGGCUGCAUCAAAUUAUGGGAUGGUGUUUCAAAUCGAUGCAUCACAACUUUUGAGAAGGCACAUGACGGUGCUGAAGUUUGUUCUGCCAUUUUUUCUAAAAAUUCUAAAUACAUUCUCUCAAGUGGAAAAGACUCUGUAGCUAAACUUUGGGAAAUAUCUACAGGACGAACACUGGUCAGAUACACGGGCGCGGGAUUGAGUGGCCGGCAGGUGCACCGGACACAGGCUGUGUUUAACCACACCGAGGACUAUGUGUUGCUGCCUGACGAAAGGACGAUCAGUCUCUGCUGCUGGGACUCGAGGACGGCUGAGCGGAGAAACCUGCUCUCCCUGGGGCACAACAACAUUGUGCGGUGCAUAGUGCACUCGCCCACCAACCCCGGCUUUAUGACGUGCAGUGAUGACUUCAGGGCGAGGUUCUGGUACCGGAGGUCAACCACCGACUGAGCCGCCUUCGAGAUCAUUCUUUCCUUGAGGACUCUGCCCUCCUUCCCCUGUGUCCUGUCACCAGCUUUAAUCAUAAGUCAGUGUACCAUCUUUGGCAGUUGUGCUGCCUCUGUCUACAUCCUUCUUGGAUUUGUACAAAAGAAUCUUUUUUUACCUUGAUGUAGAAUCAUGGUGGGAAAAGUUGGAAACGCAGAUCUGUGCAGUUGUUUUACAUUCACUGAUUAUUACAGUGUGAUUUUCAUCGAUUUUGUAAAUACAGGACUUGCCGUUUCUUUUGAAUCUCUUGAUUGUCUGAAGAAGGGUAGAUUAUUAAAGUGCUUUUGUCAUGAGGAA